UCAAAGAGGGCGUGAUAGGUUGAUUUCGUUUGAACCUUCUUUUCGAAGAAUAAAGCGUAACGCGAAUUGAAAGAAAUUCUCUGAAAACACAAGCAGAUGUUUUGUGAAAGAAUACGGCCGCAGAAUCGGAAAAAACAAUAUUGCGCGUGCGUGAUGCAAACAGAAUAUUAUUUACUUUUCGCUGAAACUAACUGUAGUGAACGAAUUUUCAGUCUCCUUUAGCUUCUUGCCAAAGUAUCGUAAAAGAAAAUGCAAUCUCCGAAGGAAUCGCCACCAGAUCAGAAUUUGCCGGCCGUUGUUGAACUGAACGUGGGUGGGCAGCUCUAUACAACUUCGCUUCCAACGCUACUCAAAGAUCCGGAGUCGCUACUGAGUGCAAUGUUCAGCGGCAAACAGAAAAUCCCUCGAGAUUCCCGAGGCAGAUUCUUCAUCGAUCGCGACGGUAUGUUAUUCCGAUAUAUCCUGGAUUAUCUUCGCAACUCCAAACUGGCCCUGCCAGAGAAUUUUAGCGAGAGAGACCGACUCCUCGUAGAAGCGGAGUUCUUUCGGCUAAAGGGCAUAAUUAAAGCUCUGCAGCGAGACCACGAGCGAGUGAAAACUGGAAGAGAUAUAAACGCGCGGCCAUCCGGAUUUCUAUCAAUCGGGGUUCGCGGGACAUACGCGUUUGGGCGCGAUGGUGUAGCCGAUGUGAAAUUUCGCAAGCUCCAACGGAUUUUGGUCUGUGGCAAUGUAGCCUUGGCGCGUGAGGUAUUCGGCGAGUGGUUGAACGAGACAAGAGAUCCCGACCGAGAUGAUGCCGUCCAUCGUUAUACAAAUCGCUUCUACCUCAAGCACAAUUAUCUGGAAAAGGCUUUCGAUCAGCUGUACGACCGAGGCUUCAAGCUUAUCACCAGUUCAGCCGGUGGAGCGGGCUAUGAUCCCGAAAGCGAGGAGACAAAAUGGAACCACUUCAACGAUUAUGUGUUCUUCAGACAGUAAUUAUUCAGUUCUAUAGUGUUUGUACCUUUCACAACUGAAAUCAAUCGUAGAUGAAGACUCGGUGUCAGUUGGAAGUUGAUUUCUGGUGAUCGAACGUAAAAAAAACAGCAACAACCGAAAACUGUGUUCACUCUACGUUGAAUUAAGCUGGGAUUUUCAGACGGUGGUUAUCUUGAUUGUUUACCGAGGUAGAUUUAUACUUUCUAUUUUUAUGAAGAGUGAAAACUAACGACAUAAAUUUUGGAGCGGCAGAUCCAAGCGGUCGCACUGAGUGCACUACAGGACAGCACCAAUCGCUUGCACCCAGAAAAAGAAAAAAAACAGCAUUCUCUUUUAUUCUUUUGUCGCUUUUUAAAUCUUGAUUUACAAGAAUCACGUUGCGAAGAUUAGACAUCGAAGUUUACCUUUUUCUCAGAGGCGAACGGAGUCAAGCACAUAGAAGAUAAACAAAUGCACAAUAGAUAUGAAGAUUCUGUGCAAACUUUGCAAAGGGAAGUAUUGUUUUGGUAUGAUCGAUUUAGCAAACUCAACAAAAAAUCUAAGCGUGAAUUCUGUUGCUUUGUCGAAGGGAACAUCUUCAAGGUGGGAGGCAUACUAUAGAAAUAUAUAGCGAAAGGAAAAUUAGCAAUGAAAGUUAGAAAUAAGCACAAGUGUAAACAAAUUGCAAUUCAAAGAAAAACCAAAAAAUGUAAUGUAUAUGGUACUAGAAAAUCCAUGCUAUACAUUUCUGGAGAGAAAAAAUUAUUAUAUAAUUUAGGAAUGAGAAUUAAAUCUACAAAUUGAUCUAUAAUAUGUAAAUAUACAUACAACAAGUAUUUGUAAAUUGUCAAAUGGAAACAGCUUCUGAUCUACACACGUCCAGAUUGCUAUCCGCCAGUCAGCUCUGAAUUGUGGAAGAUUUAGUUACGUUACGAAAAUAAACUUUGAACUCUUUAGAUCAGAGUUUGCGAGAAUAUACUACAAUAAAGAGAAUUAAAACAGA